CCCCGCCCCCCGGCAGGACCGCAACUGCGCAGGCAGGAGGUACCCGUGGAAAUGGCGGGUGUCCACACUUCUGGUACCGGUUCGGUUUCGGCCGCUUGCCCGAUCCAGCAGGGGCUGAAGGAAACACUGAUAGAGACACUGACAGCUACCCUGUCCCCGGUACAAGAGGUACGGGCUGCCGCGGAAGAGCAGGUUAAAGUUCUGGAAGUGACGGAGGAGUUCGGUGUGUAUCUGGCAGAGCUGACGGUCGAUCCUCAGGGAGCGCUCCCCAUCCGUCAGCUGUCCUCGGUCCUGCUGAAGCAGUAUGUGGACACUCACUGGUGCUCUGAGUCAGAGAAGUUCAAACUUCCAGAAACGACCGAUAGGGCGAAGGGGGCGAUCCGGGACGUCCUCCCUGGGGGACUGCGAGAGCCCGUGGGACGGGUGCGGUCCAGCGUGGCGUACGCGGUAUCCGGCAUCGCUCAGUGGGACUGGCCCGAGGCCUGGCCCCGCCUCUUCAGCCUGCUGGUGGAGCUGCUCGUCAGCGGCGACCUGAACGGCGUCCACGGCGCCAUGAGGGUCCUCACAGAGUUCACCCGUGAGGUCACGGACACGCAGAUGCCUAUGGUGGCUCCCGUUAUUUUGCCAGAGAUGUACAAGAUCUUCACCAUGACAGAGGUCUACAGCAUUCGCACCCGAUCCAGAGCUGUGGAGAUCUUCACCACCUGCGCCAAGCUCAUCGCUGCCAUCCAGGAUCUGCAGAAGGGUGCAGCCAAAGCUCUGAUCUUGCCUGUGGUGCCGCAGUUCACCCAGGCGUUUAUCCAGGCCCUGCGCAUUCCCGACGGGCCGUCCUCCGACUGCGGCCUCAAGAGGGAGGUGCUUAAGGCUCUGAUGACUCUGGUGAAGAAUUUCCCCAAAAACAUGGCGCCUUCCAUGCAGCAGAUCCUGCCCGUGGUGUGGAGCCUGCUGACGGAGAGCGCCUCUCAUUAUGUCAGAACGGAGGUGAACUCCACCGAGGACGUGGACGACCCCGUGGACUCGGACGGCGAGGUUCUGGGCUUUGAGAACCUGGUGUUCAGCAUCUUUGAGUUCGUCCACACGCUGCUGGAGACCAGCAGGAUGAAGAGCGCAGUGAGGAAGACUCUGCCGGAGCUCUUCUACUACGCCAUCCUGUACAUGCAGAUCACGGAGGACCAGGUGAAGGCCUGGGCGGCCGACCCGCAGACGUUUGUGGAGGACGAGGAUGACGACACCUUCUCCUACUCAGUGAGGAUCUCAGCGCAGGACCUGCUGCUGGCUUUAGUGACUGAGUUCCAGGAUGAGAGUGUGGCGGCUUUGGUGGUCGCCACCGUGCGGCACCUGCAGGAGGCGGAGCAGGCCAGGAACGGCGGCAGAGAGCACUGGUGGAAGGUGCAUGAGGCCUGCAUGCUGUCACUGGGCUCGGUGAAGACCGUCGUCAUGGAGACUGUUAAGAGCGGCCGAGUUCAGUUUGACCUGCACGGGUUCCUCACCAACGUCGUCCUGGCGGACCUCAACCUGGCGGCCACCUCCCCUUUCCUGCUGGGCCGCGCCCUGUGGGUGGCCAGCCGCUUCAUAGUCGCCAUGACGCCCGGCCUGCUCCAGCAGCUCCUCCAGGCCACCGUCAGCGGCCUGAGCGCCAGCCAGCCUCCCGCCGUCCGGAUCUCUGCCGCGCAAGCCGUCCAAGGGUACUGUGAGCAGCUGAAGCUCUCUGGGAGCACGCAGGUGCUGCUGCCCUUCCUCCCCGGCGUGCUGGACGGCCUGGUGCCGCUGGCCGCUCCGUUUGGGCCGGCGGUCCUGGCGCUGGUUCUGGAGACGCUGCGCGUGGUGUGCACCGUCGACCCGUCCUUCACCGCCAGCGCCGAAAAGAAGAUCUGCCCCCUCACCAUCGCCGUCUUCCUCAAGUACAGCAACGACCCGGUGGUGGCCUCUCUGUCCCAGGACAUCUUUAAGGAGCUGUCCCGGAUCGAGGGGUGUCGGGGCCCCUUGCAGACGCGUCUCAUCCCCACCCUGAUCAGCAUCAUGCAGGCCCCCCCCGACAAGAUCCCGGCAGGGCUGUGCACUACGGCGGUGGACAUUUUGACCACGGUGGUGCGGCACACUGCCCCCCCCCUGCCCCCGCUGCUGCUCUGCCAGGCCUUUCCUGCGGUGGCUCAGUGUGUCCUGCACACGGACGACAGCGCUGUCAUGCAGAGCGGGGGGGAGUGUCUGAGGGCCUACGUCUCCGUGGCGCUGGAGCAGCUGCUGGAGUGGCGGGACCAGCAGGGUCGCGGCGGCCUGUGCUACGUCCUGCAGGCGGUCUCCCGGCUGCUGGACCCGCGCGGGUCCGAGCUCGCCGCCGCCUGCGUGGGCCGCCUGGUGUCCUCGCUCGCCGCCCGGGCCGGCCCCCUGCUGGGGGGGCAGCUGGACCAGGUCCUGCGGGACGUCCUGACCAAGCUGCAGCAGGCCAACAACCUCAGCGUCAAGCAGUCCCUCCUCAUGGUGUUUGCGCACCUGAUGGUGUCCCGUUUGGAGCCGCUGCUGGAGUUCCUGUGGGGUGUCCCCGGGCCGGCAGGACGCCCCGCGCUGGACUUCCUCAUGGCCCAGUGGGUGAGCCACCAGCACCUGUUCUACGGCCAGUACGAGGGGAAGGUCAGCACGGUGGCGCUGUGCAGACUGCUCCAGCACGGCCUCAGCACCGGUGACCCGCGGCUGGAGGGCAUCCGGGUGAAAGGGGAGGAGCUCUUCAGUCCCGGAGAGGGCAUCCGCACGCGCUCCAAAAGCACCAGGAACCCUGAGAGAUGGACCAACAUUCCCUUGCUGGUGAAGAUCUUCAAGCUCAUUGUCAACGAGCUUUCGUCUGUACUGGAGGAGAAUUCCAACAGAGCUGCUGCUGGAGACUGCAGCCAAGAUUUGGGGGAUAUGUGGGAGGAACAGGAGGAGGAGGAGGAGGAGGAUGAUGAUGCAGAUGAAGAGGAAGGGAAGGGUGAAGGGCUUGCCAGACAGCUGCUCUCUGACCUCAUUGCCUCUCAUAAAUAUGACGAUGAUGAUGACUUUGAAGAGGAAGAUGAGGAAGACCCAGAUGCCUUGAAAGACCCUAUUUAUCAAAUUGACCUGCAGGUCUACCUGACGGACUACAUUUCCCAGCUUGCACAGCUGCCGUGCUACAGCGCCUUCUCUGGCCACCUGAACGAAGCCGAGAGGAGAGUGCUGCAGUCCAUCGGCGUCUAAAAUUGGAAUAAAUUGGUGAAAAAUUUUAGGCUCUGACACGGUGUGUUGCAAGGCUGUCUCUUCUGUUUCUUGGAGAAACGGACAGGCCUAAAACACAGAUCAUCUGUACAGGACGAGCAGUCAUGAUCCAGGCCAGGUUUUCUCUCCAAACUCUGUGUUCUUGCCCUAGUUUGGUUAAAAAUAUAUAUUUUUUAAAGUAACAAAAAUACGUAUAUAUGUAACCAAAAAUAACUCCACUAUGAUGUGGUUGUUCAGGAAGUCUGUUCAUAGGACAAAUUUGGCCUGUUGGCAAUGUUGGUCAUUUUUUAGGUGACUAUAAUAUAAACAUAAUUAAUAUGGUUCGUGUACAGUAGAUAAAAAAAAUGAAUGAACAAUGGAUGCAUUUUUUAAAGUACAUGGUGUUAAAAAUGAAUUGGUAAUUUGCACCAAUGGAACUACUUCAUCUGAUUGUGUUCUUAAUCUGUCCUGAUUCUGUUGUGCUGGUUUCCUGUCACAAUUUAAUAUGAAUGUAUUUAAUAUAUCUUUAAUAUUCUUUGAAUUAAUGAGCUUUUCAAUGAAUUUUUAAUAGCAUUUCUGGCAUUAUGGUGAACACUUUUGUAACACAUUUUGUCUUCAGUGUUCUGAGGGAGGCUGCUUUGAUUGGUGUAUUCAGAUCAGUGCUAACCUCGCGCAGGGCACUGUUUCAUGAAGCAGGUUUAGCGAGUUAGCUAGAUAACCGAGUAAAACCCGGAACAGCUCUUUAUUUUACUUAAGUCCAUGUUCAUGAUUUUGGAGGGUUUCCGGUUUUACUGGGUGCAGUUAUCCAGUUAACUCGGUAAUCUUGCUUCUGAAACAGGGCCCAGGUAAGAUAUCACUGAGUGACCAUUACUGAAGUGAAAUAUACUGAAAAGUAUUGAAGUGAAAUAUGUUAUCAGUCUACUGAGCUGUUCAUAAUACAUCGCAAAAAAUACAAAUUAUUGCUGCUUUGAGGUAUUUCAGUCUCUUUUUAAGGAAUGUGUGCUUUUCAGAUUUUCAGAUAAGGGACCUGCCAUAGACUAGGCUGUUACUCAGUUUAGUCACAGCAAACCAGCGAUGUUGCAACUCUGAAUACUUGUCUGAGUUGAUUGGUCUGUAAUGCCAUGCUGUUGGAUGGCUUUUUGAAUAAAUAUUUUUAUAUGCACGAUGAAAA